AUAAGCACGGGCCACAGUCAGUGCAAGUGUUCUGAGUGCGUUUUUAAAAAUCGUUAUUUAUGUGUGAAACAGGUGUAAAAUUUAUAAUAAUCUUCGUUCACAGUUCGCAAUUAUUGUUGUUCGUGUAAUUGCUGUAUGGCAAAUAUGUUGUUGUGUGCUGUCAAUUCACUUAGCGAAAAUUGUGCCAUUGCCUGUGCGUAUACGUGUACGUGUGUGUAUAUGUGUGUGCGCGUUUAGUUUACGUUUUUUUUGGGGCUGUAUCGGCAUCUCGGGCAAAGUAAUUGAAGUUAAUUAAAAAAACGUUGGCUAAUUUCGUGCGCAAUGAGCAAUUAUCAGCCACACGCGCCUCUGUCGCAUAUACAGCAACUGCAGCUGCAGCACCAGCUACAACAGAACCAUCAUCAUCACCAUCUUCAGCAACAUCAUCAUCAGCAUCUGCCGCCACAUUUACAGUUGGCAGCGACGACGACGACGACGGCAGCAGCGCUCCCCCAACAACAACAACAGCAGCAACAGCGUCAUAAUCAUACGCCCACAACCAACCAAAGCCAGUCAACAUCGUCUGCGGCUGCGACCGCCGCUGCCGCUGCUGCCUCAAUUUUGGUAACGCAACUGCCGCAGCCGCUGAUAAGCAAUUCGCUGGCCAUACGCCAGGAGAUACAGCGCUUCGAGAGCGUUCAUCCAUCGAUUUAUGCUAUUUACGAUUUAAUCGAUUUGCUGCCCAUGCCGGACGCACAGAUUGCCCAACAGAUACGCGAUCACGUCGUUUGCAUUGAAGAUUCCUUUGUGAACAGCCAGGAAUGGACUAUAUCACGUUCGGUGCCAGAUUUGAGGCUGGGCAUUGUCGGCUCUCUAAAUUCGGGCAAAUCGGCGCUGGUGCAUCGCUAUCUCACCGGCUCCUAUAUGCAGGAAGAGUCACCCGAGGGUGGUCGUUUCAAGAAGGAGGUCUUCAUCGACGGACAAAGCUAUUUGCUGCUCAUACGCGAUGAGGGCGGCGCGCCAGAAAUGCAGUUCGCUGGCUGGGUGGAUGCGGUAAUCUUUGUGUUUAGCCUGGAGAACGAGGGCAGCUUCAAUACGGUCUAUAAUUAUUAUACCAAAAUGGCGCACUUUCGCAAUGGACAGGAUAUACCCAUGAUAUUGGUCGGCACACAGGACGCCAUCAGCGAGCGGAAUCCGCGUGUUAUCGAUGACACACGCGCCAGGAAAUUGGCCAGCGAUUUGAAGCGCUGCUCCUACUACGAGACCUGCGCCACCUACGGCCUAAAUGUGGAGCGCGUCUUUCAGGAUGCCUGCCAGAAGAUACUCUCGCAGCGGUUGCCGCUGCCGCCAGCGAUGCAGCCGCCGCGGCCAACCACACCGCAGGGCACACGACUGGGCUUGGCCACAUUCCAGCCGCCGCCCACAAAUGGACAGCGGGCGCAGCAGCAGCAGCUGCCGCCGUUGCGCAUGAGCGCCGACUUUGCGCAGGCGGAGCAGAAGCUCUGGUCACUGCAGGCGAGCGCAGCCGGCUCCACGAAUGAGAACAACAACAUAACCAAAUACAAUCCGGGUACAGCGGCACAACAACAACAACAGCAGCAGCAAUUGUCGCUGCCCGGUGACUGCAGCCAGGUGCAGCUGCGUGAUCCGCGCGAUUUGGCGCCGCCACCUGGCAAGGAGCUACCCACGCCCACAUCCACGCCCACGACAAGCCGUAAAAGUCGACGGCGCUCGAAUCUCUUCAUACCCUCCUCCUCCAAGAAGAAUGAGAAGGAGCCAAAGAGCAGCGAACUGGGCAGCGGUCGCUCCAUACCCAUCAAACAGGGCUAUCUGUACAAGCGCUCAAGCAAAUCCCUGAACAAGGAGUGGAAAAAGAAGUACGUGACGCUCUGCGACGAUGGGCGGCUCACCUAUCAUCCCUCGCUGCACGACUACAUGGACGAUGUGCACGGCAAAGAGAUACCGCUGCAAUAUGUCACGGUCAAGGUGCCCGGCCAGAAGCCACGCGGCUCCAAGUCCAUAAUUACGAACAGCGCGCUGACCAGCUCGCUGCUGACCAAUGGACAGCGGAGCACGCAGGGCACGCUCAGUGAGGGCAUCGGCUGCUUGACGCUGGCCAAGGAUAAUCAGCGCAAGCUGAGCGAAAAGCUGUCCCUGCUCGGCGCUGGUGCUGCCAGCGGCGGCGGCGGUGGUGGAGGCGCCAGUGGCGGGGGCGGCAUUGAGCCUCUCAAAUCAAAUAGUUCACAGCAGACGAGUGGAGACGAGGGCAUUGCCAUGUCCAAUUCCAAUUCGCAGACUUUUACAGCCGGCGAGGCGCCCGCCAGCAAACUGGAGGCCCAAACGCCGAACGUUAAGAAGCGCCAUCGCCGCAUGAAGAGCAGCAGCGUCAAGGCUAACGAGGCGGACGACAAUGAUGGCUACGAAUUCUAUAUCGUUUCGCUGGACUCCAAGCAGUGGCAUUUUGAGGCCGCCAACUCGGAGGAGCGCGACGAAUGGGUCGCCGCCGUCGAGCAGGAGAUCUUCAAGAGCCUGCAGGGCAUCGAGAGCAGCAAAACGAAGCAGGCAACCAGCACUGAACUGGCCGCUAUGGUGGCCAUCAGGCAGCGGGUGCCCGGCAAUGGGCACUGUGUCGACUGCGGAGCGCCAAAUCCCGAAUGGGCCAGUCUCAAUCUGGGCGUGCUCAUGUGCAUUGAAUGUUCGGGCAUACAUCGGAAUCUCGGCUCGCACAUAUCCAAGGUGCGCUCCCUGGGCCUCGACGAUUGGCCAGCGCCGCAUCUGAGCGUCAUGCUGGCCAUUGGCAACAGCCUGGCAAACUCUGUGUGGGAAUCGAAUACGCGGCAACGUGUCAAACCCACAGCGUUGGCCAAUCAUGAGGAGAAGGAACGCUGGAUACGCAGCAAGUACGAGGCCAAGGAGUUUCUUACGCCCUUGGGCAGUGGCAAUCAUGUAAAUGCCGCCUCGCCGGGCCAGCAGCUCAUUGAGGCGGUCAUCAGGGCGGACAUCAAGUCGAUUGUCUCCAUAUUGGCCAAUUGCCAGGCAGAGGUGACCAAUGCCAAUGUGAGCGCACGGGAUGUGCGCACCCCGCUGCUGCUGGCCUGUGCCAUAGGCAAUCUGGCCAUAGCACAGCUGCUCGUCUGGAACGGCGCCAACAUCAAGCACACGGAUCACGAGGGUCGCACCUGUUUGGCCUAUGCACGCGCCGCCCAAUCCCUGGCCACGGCCAAGUCGAUGAAGGCAGCCGCCGCACUGGCCGCCGGCACACCAGCUCCGGCACCAGCGCCCUCAGCUAAUGGCGGCAUACCCGCACCACAGUACAAUGUGGAGGAUACAACGGCUCUGGUGGAGCUGCUCGUGGGUCUGGGCUGUCCGGAAUCGGCGCCGCUUACAGCCAGCGGCACGUUGCCCCGACGACGCGAUACUCUAGGCACACCCUAUGAGAAAUCCGUUUCGGGCGUUAUCUAAAAAAAGAAAAAAAACAAAAAAGAAAACGCAUAGUUGAAUUUCAUAAGCUUCAAAACAAGUUUGUUUUUUUUUUUUUUUAAAUUGUAUUAAUUGUAAAAUGCAUAAAAUAUGUUUAAUCUGUUUGUUCGUAAUAAUUAGUUUUAAAAAGUAAGCGUUAAUUUCUCGCUGUGUAUAGCAAAAGUAAUCGGGCAAGUUUUGAAUGACGCUUAAUUUUAUAGUUCUAAAACAAAAAGAAAAACAAAAUAUUGAAAUGUGCAAAUUAAUUAUUUUCUCUGGCCCGCUUUGUAUGAAAAUUCAGAAUAAUUAGUUUUUAUCUACAAUUGUUUUUUAGUUUUGUUUUGCUUUUUAAGUACGCUUAAUAAUAGGCACAAUCUGUACAGUCUUGUUGUAAUCUCAAGUUUAAAAUUAAUUUAUUAUUUGCGUAUUGUAACUAUUAUCAUUAUUAAUUAUUAUUAUUAUUGUUUUUAAAUUGUGUGCAGGUUUUUUUUUAAUGUCGUUUGCAAAACAACAAAUUAAGUAAUUAUGUAAUUUGCUUUUUAAUUAAUUAUUAACUUUAGGAAAACAAGAAAAGGCUCUCAUAUACAAAAUUACAAUAUGCCUAAAAAAAUAGCUGAUGAAAAAAAAUCAACAAAACCAACAAUAUAUACGUAUAUAAACAUAGUGAAUCUAAGACUAAAGCCAAAAACAACUUAUUACACUAUAUCUAUACAUAAACAAAUUCUAUAAAUAUAUAUAUAUAUAUAUAUAUACAAAAGUUAAAAUUGCUUGAUAAUCGGUUAAAACACGCUUAACUUGUAGUUUAUGCAAAAAACCAAACAAAAUAUAUUUGCUAACAAAAUUCCAAUAUAGAAAAAACUUAAAAAAUAUUCAUUAAAGAUGUGAGCAUUGAUUGUAUUCGAAUCGGAGCAGUUAGAAAUGAAAUGAAAAUUUACAUAUAUAUAUUUAAAUAUAAUACAUAUAUGAAUGUAGGAAACACAAUUCAAAGUAUUUCAAACUACUUAUACAAUAUAGUUAAAAAAUUCUAUAAAAAUGAUAUUCAUAUUUAUAUAUAUAUAUGUAUGUACCUCUGCUCCCUUCAUGAUGUACGCUAUUUGUACCACCUUAAAAGCAUAAACACAACAAAACGUGACAAAACUCAAUUUAAUUGGAUGAAAACGGCAACAGGCACAAAGAAACACAAAAAAGAUAAACCAUACAAAAACAUGAAAUAAAAAAUAAAAAUUGAUUAAACAUUAC